GCAUUGAGUGAUAUGUUUCCGUAUUAAAGAUGGAUGGAUGAGAUCUCAUUAUGUAAGUAGUUACAUUUAUUGAAUGAGAUAUUAUUAGCUUUGUAUAUGAAUAAGAUGCUUUUAGUACUCUAGCUGUAUGUGCCAUUUUCCCUUUAUUACCAAUCCGAAACCACAUUGUAUGAAUUAAGGUGUCACAGAGAAGUGCUUAGAUGUUACCCAGGUUCCUCUUAUGCAUUUGUUGCAGUCCCCACAAUUUUAAUUAAUGAAAUCAGUAUAAUGAAUAGGGUCACUCUAACCAUUACAACCACUAGAACUCUCUGUAGUGGUAAUGGUGCCAGCAUACCGCUGGCACCAUCAUUCAGUUCUUUGACUUGGCCUCUCUCCAUAUUGUUAUUCAGUCAUAGCUAUGUUGACAUCAUAACCUCUACAGCAUGCUGUAGUCUUUAUGGUGCUUAGAAUACCCCUGUAAAUUAGUGAUCAAUUUGACAAUAAAAUCAAAACGUUUUUAAUUCUGUGUAAUUUUAUUUACUAACAAUAUUUAAUAAGUUAACUAAAUUGCAAACUGUAAGCCUAGAUAACCUUUUUUGUGCAUUAUAAAUGAUAAGUAAUAACGCUUGCCCUUGAUAAAAGGUAAUAUACAAAUGCACAGUAAAAAUCAUUAUGUUUUAACUGACUUCUCCCAGUGUUGUCUCUCAGGAGCUAGAAGCUAAAAGAAGUGCAGUAUUAAAAUUUUUAAUUCCAAUAUUAAUAUCAAAUCCCACACUGUGCAAGUGCCAACUCUCUAGAUAGUGGUGAAGUAAGAAUGGUAAAAAAAAAAUAACUCUCAGCUACAACAUGGAAAAUAAACAUGCAAUCAGGUAAACAAAAAAAAUAUUUUUGGGAGUCUUGGGGUCUUUAAAACCCUUAAAAAGCCAAAGGCACCUCACAAUUUAUGUGGCUAGUCUCUCAGAUUUGCUAGACUAAUCCCACCAUGCCACGUACAGCAAGACUAUUGACAAUAGAGGGAGUAUAAUGUUUAUAGCUUCCUUUGUUGUGUGUUGUGGCAGAGCUGAGGCUCUCCUAGUGGUAUGUGACAGCCAUAAAUUAUCUUUAAGCUUUCCACUCUUGAUGUUAUCUUACUGCUCUGUCCAUUAUCCCAUUAUUGCCUGGUAUUAUACUAACAGGUCAGUCUUAAAGCUGGUUAUACAUUUGCUUGCAAGUAGCUUAGGAACAAACUCUUACACAAACUCUUAAUAAAGUAAUGUCCCUUCCCACAAGGAUUUAAAGUGAAGCAGUCACCCGAAACAAACAUUUCACAUUCAUACCUGGACAUGUUCUAUUUCUGGACCUGAGAAUAUUCAACUUAUUAAGCGGUUUAUAUCAGCUCACAAAUAUUCUAACUAGUAAUGUGCCAAUCGUGUAAUGGCUCUAGUAAAAAUCCUCAUGAAAAUGUCUAAUUUCAGCAAAAUCCAAAAUUAAUUUACCUGUAGUCAAGCGAAGAUUUUAGCUUUUAUACUGACCUAGCUCUUUUAAAAAAUUUUUUUUUUAUUGCACCUACAAACUUUGUUAUAGAUAGGAGAAUGAAUGCAGGGAAAGUGCAUCUUGGUGCAUCUGAAGUAACUUUCCUUGCAAGUGUUCCAUGUAGCUCAGUGUUUUUUUUUUUUUUUGCCCCCGCAUCAAUGUCCAAAAUUGAAUUCCAAUGCUAUUUCAGUGGGUACCCAGUUUUUGGAGCAUGCACAUCACUUUUAAAUAAAUAAAAAUAAAUGAUCUUUCUUUUACUGCAUACAAGAUGGAAUAUUCUAUAGACUAGGCCAGUAGUAGACAACCAUCCAAACUUCAGAUGUUGUGGACUACAUCUCCCCUUAUGCUUUGACAGCAAUAUGGCUGUAAGGACGUGAUGGGAGAUAUGGCCCAAAACAUCUGGAGUGCCAAGGGUUGCCUGUUCCAUGGACUAGGCAGAGUCUAUGUGUUCUCUUGCCUCUUCUUCCACUGAUAUGGUUCGACGGCUAUGGGGAAUUCUAAUGCGGCAUGCAGCAGUUUUAACAAUGGGUCACUCACCAAGCUCUCAGGCCAAACCCCUAGAAAUUGUCAUUUUAGAAAAGAUAAAGGACAGUAGAGGAUGCCCACGAACUGGUCCUAGUAAUUGGCGACUGGUUACCCAAGACACCCAAGUGGUGGCUAAAUGAGGAAAAGCUAAACAAAUUCAGCAUUAAACACCAAAUGUGGUCUAAGAAAGAAUGUUUUAAAAAAGGUUUCACUAAGAUGGAUCAAUGCAGGGUAGGCAAAUUCUUAUAAAAUAUUUGAGUGGCAAAUAAAAAAAAAAAAUGAUCCGAGCAGGAAUUGUUUUAUUCUGUAUUAUAUUGAAAUUAUUUUCACCCUGCAGGUUGAAAUAGUAAAGGAAUCAUUUACUAAGAUGAAAGAAGAAAUUGGUUUGAAAAUGCAAAGCUUUUAUGAGCCCCAGUGGACCAGGAAUCGCAGGCCUGAGACUGCAAUAUGGAAAAUAUCCAAAAUGGACGCAAGAAGAGAAAGUUAUAGCAAAUCCGCUCCGGAACGUGGAAAUCCCUUUGAGACCCAAGUACUAUAUUAAAUUUACUUUUUUUUCCUCAUUUAAUGUGAACAUUAAAUAAAUGGUAUUGUUUAAAAUGCAGAACAUUGCUUUGGCAUACCUGAAAAUUGGUGGGACACCCUUCCCAUCACCUACAAACGUCAGAGGGAGAGAUAAAGUAGCUUUCUGUUACCAUCACGGAGUAAGCAGUUAAAUUAUUUAAAAGAGAUGCAAUAGGCUGAUAGAGAGAAGAGGAAUAAAAUGUUUGGAGAGAAAAGGGUUAGACCAAUUUAAAUAUAGGACCCAACUCAAGUGGGUGCAGCCAGUGGCGUACACAUGACCCAUGGGGCCCCGGUGCGAAAAUUGAUCCGUGGGCCCCCCCCCCUCUGCGCGCGGGCCGGGCCGCAACACAUGGCGGUGGGCACCUGGUCGCAGGGGUUACAGGGCUGCGACCCUUGCGACCGCAGUAUGUACGCCAGUGCAUGCAGAUGCACACACACACUUAAAGGACCACUCUAGGCACCCAGACCACUUCAGCUUAAUGAAGUGGUCUGGGUGCCAGGUCCAGCUAGGGUUAACCCAUUUUUUCAUAAACAGAGCAGUUUCAGAGAAACUGCUAUGUUUAUGAAUGGGUUAAGCCUUCCCCUAUUUCCUCUAGCGGCUGUCUCAUUGACAGCUGCUAGAGGCGCUUGCGUGCUUCUCACUGUUAUUUUCACAGUGAGAGCACACCAGCAUCCAUAGGAAAGCAUUAUGAAUGCUUUCCUAUGUGACCGGCUGAAUGCACGCGCAGCUCUUGCCGCGCAUGCGCAUACAGCCGACGGGAAGGAGAAGAGGAGGGUCGGAGGAGGAGAGCUCUCCGCCCAGCGCUGGAAAAAGGUAAGUUUUGCGCCUUUUCCCCUUUCCAGAGCCGGGCGGGAGGGGGUCCCUGAGGGUGGGGGAACCCUCAGGGCUCUAUAGUGGUCCUUUAAAGGACCACUACAGACACCCAGAUCACAUCAGCUCAAUGACGUUGUCUGGGUGUCAGGUCCCUCUAGUUUUAACCCUGCAGCUGAAAACAUAGCAGUUUCAGAGAAACUGCUAUGUUUCACUGAGGGUUAAUCCAGCCUCUAGUGGCUGUCUCACUGACAGCCGCUAGAGGAGCACACUGAACGUCCAUAGGAAAGCAUUGAGUAAUGCUCUCCUAUGGGCGGUUUGAAUGCGUGCGCGGUCGCAUUCGGAGCUGAGAGGCUGAGGGAUCCUCAGCGCCAAGGGAGUCCGGCGCUGGAGAAAGGUAAGUGCUGAAGACACACACACACUCGCACUUACAGACUCAUACACACUAGCUAACAGACACACACAUUUACUGACAGAGACACAGUCAGCGACAGACAUACAUACACACUCACUUACAAAACAUACACUCUCAUUGACAAACACACAUUCACUAACAGACAUCAAACAGACUCACUAACACACACACACAGUAACACACUCACUAGCAGACACACACACUAACACUCACACUAACUAGCAGACACACACACUAACACUCACACUAACUAGCAGACACACACACUAACUCUAACACUCACACACAUUAACAUUAACACUCACACUAACUAGCAGACACACACACACACUAACACUCACUCUAACACUUAAACACUAACACUAACACUAGUUUUUUUUUUUUUAUGUAAUCCCCCCAGCCUCCUUACCUUUUGGAGUGCUGGGGGGAUUCCCUGGGGUCCAGUGGUGCUGCUGGGCUCCUGGGCGGGUGGCCGGUCGGGCAGGCAGGCGGGCGCGCGAGGGAGCACCCGUGCUUCCUCUUCGGCUCCCUCGACGCCGCGUAUGGAUGCCGGCGCUGGAAGAUGACGCCAUCUUCCGGCUCCGGUAUCAGUGCGGUGCGCGAGGGAGCUGAAGAGGAAGCACUGAGUGCUCCCUCGCGCGCCCGCCUGCCUGCCCGACCAGCCACCCGCCUUCCAGGUGUCAGCAGGGCCAGCCUCGGGGGGCCCUCGGGUGGUCGGCUCCUGGGCCCCCCAGGGGAAGAGGCUGGCCCUGUGGGUACAUACCGGGUCGCAGGGGCGGCCGGGCCCCCUGGUGGGCCAGGCCCGGUCACAGCCAUGACCCCUGCGACCCUGGUAUGUACGCCACUGGGUGCAGCCACACCUUUUUUUUUUUUUAUUUUUUUUUUUAUUUGUCCAUGAAAAAUCACAUAAAGCACACAAUGCCACAACAGCUAGAGCAUGCAGAGUGUCAUACAUAGAUUUACAUUGGUUAGGCAUUGGUAAAAACAUAGCACAGUUUUAUGGAAUAUUAUCGCGUGACAAAGAGUUAUAUCCAAUCCUAUUAUUAAUGACCGCAUUAAACUAGAUUAUCCAGGAAGAAAACACUAUAGACUUAGUUCUAUGUCAGGGUGGGUUAAACUGCAGGUUAUGCACCAGGGAAAUGUAGCUUGACCAGAGAUAUCUGUAUUGGUAGAGCGAAGCUAUGACUAAUAUUCCCUGUGGUAGAAGGUACACUAGUGAAGCAAGGUUAGAUAUAUAGUGUUGGCUUAACGUUUUGACUAUGUAAUACUUAUUCCAACUUGAGGGGGAAGAUGUUAUCAAGAACCUUGUUAUAGUUGUUGGCAGGCAUGAAGUAUAUGUAAACAAUAUAGGCUACACUUGCUGGAUACUUGGCAUGUUAGUAAUAGAGUGAACACAAACUAAAUAAAUUUAACGUGUUAUAAGAUUGCUAACAGGUGCAUUUAUAACGAGUGUUACUUUGACAUAGUGUUUGACCAGGGCAAUAAACGAUAGCGCAGUCAUGCUUAUCUAAGUGUGCUAAAUUUCAUCUAGCUCAGAGGGACAAGGCUUAAUAACAUUGCAGGACAUAGUCCUCCAUGACUGCAUGGACGUGGUGGCGUGGCAGCAGUCCAAGCCUCAGUGUGGCAGUGAGAGUAAGUGAAAGUCAGCCGACUCCUGUAGUCGGCACUGGCCGGGCUCAUACCGGAGAGUCCCAUGGGGCCUCGGCGUCGCUGGCCAUGAAGGUUAGAGGGACUCCGCCGCUGCCUCCCGGUCCUGCGUGAGUGCCUUGGGUGGUGGGGAGGUAUACUUGGUGGCGUGGCAGCUUCUCCGCUCCCCGUGCUGUUUGGUGAGUGUGGGUCUCUGUAUGUCCCCUUGAUGCAGAGGCACAGCCCUUCGGAGUGCUUGCAGCUGUGCAUCGCUGCACGUGGGUAAGGCGUUGACAGGCUUUCUUGGCCGGGAAUAGGCCCCUCGAGUGCGCCAUUUUAGUAUGUAGAGCGGAGGGCCGUGUUAAGUGGCUCUCCGAGCCCGUCGGGACCCAGGCUUGCGGUGUUGGGUGCUCGGUCUGCGAUUUUUAAAUCUAGGUAGAGCUCUUGUUGCCCUCUGCCGCUUUGUGUUGGUCGGUGGCAUGGCUAUGCAUUUCAACGCAGGUAUACUUGCAGGAGAGGUGGCAGGCAGUCGGGUGGCUGCCUGGUUCUGUGCCACCGUGUCCAGAAAAGGUCGAAGGCUGCCGCUAUGCGGUCCUCUUGGGUGUGCUCACUUGCUGGCUGCGCCGAUAAGGGUUGGACAUGUGGGGGUUCAGAAGCUCGGUCGGCAGCCGCCAUCUUGGCCUCUGGGUGUGUGCUACUUGCAGUCUUGGAGGCUUGCGGGGUUCUGCAGCCCUGUGUAGUCUGGACCGGGAUGACCCCGCCGGUCCAUGGGGGGGAAAUAAGGGCCUUUAGCCAUCGAGGUAGCUAGUCGCAGCGGUGGGAGAGCGGCCUGUAGCAGAUGGCACCAGGCGACCCUACAAGAAAUACUGUAUAAAGCUGCAUACGUGUAUCUGCUGUAAUUUCUGUGUAUUUAAAAAGAAUUGUAUUCCUCUGAUUGUUCGGUAGUUUCAUUCCCUUAGUUUAUUCGUAUGAAACUACCGAACAACCAGACCUCCCUGUGUGAAGUGUGUCCUCAAUUACCCGUUGCAACAUUGUUGCGAACGGGUAAUUGAACAGUAAGUAGCCGUCCUUUGUUCUCGGGGGUGGCCGCCAUUCGACAAACGAACACGUGGCGGCGGCCAUUUUAAAACUCCCGAACAGCGGUGUUUUGCCGUCGAGUGCCUGGAACUAAAAUCGGACACUCGAGUAGGCGAACACCGCUGAGACCUCCACAGCCCUGGUCCGUUCGGUUCCAAACUACCGAACGGCCCCUCGUUCGGUAAAUAGAGAAUACCGAACGAGGGGAUUCAGGCGAACCCUCCCUAGCCUCUAUAGCUAGAGGCUUUCGUGUAUUUUAUUCCCUUAUGCCAGGACCGACCGCAAGGCCCAUUCACAUGGAACCGAAUUCGGCUAUCUCUGUUCGUGCGGUCGGUCAUUUUAUUCCCUCCAUACUUUUCCCGAACCCCUGGUCCGAUCUGGGUGAUUUUUGGAUAUGUUGUUCACCCAGAUCAGGGCUAUCAGGGGGUGUAGGAUUUAAAGGGGUACCCCUACGUUUAGGGGUACAUCCAGAAACGGGGGGAAUUGGUGUGCUGGAUAAGGGGAUUAUGAUGCUGGCUGAGGGGAGGGGAUGUGUGGGAGGUUACCAGGACAGGAUUGGCUACUGUAAUAAUUACUGUAAGUUCCUCCCUUGCAUGGGAGCAUGCUUUAUAAGGAGACUGUGAUUAAAGGCUUGCCAGUUAUGCUCCUGAAACUGUGUGUCGUCCAGUUAUUGGGAUUGCUGUUGGGAUAUUGCUGUAUUUUACCUGCUGGAAACCCUGCCUUUGGAUUUACUAUUUACUUGUUCCUGAGUCUCACUUGGAUUAUAAGCGGAGAUAACCUGGGUAAUAUUGCAUCUCCGCUACACGGCCGUCCCUCCCGCGCUCGCCAUGUGAGUAGGCCUCGAUUGCCUGAUCGGUGAGGGUAGCUUGUGUUGCCGUUUGUGGGGUAUCAUUCUAUUCUGGUAAUGUCCCCUUUCGGUUGGUGGCCAUUGUGACCCGAUUAGUCGCUUUGUGGAGUGUGAAAGUAGCUUUUAAGUGUAGCUUGCUGCAGGAGCUCUUGUGGUUCACGUCUUCCCUGCACGUCUUCCCUUCUCUUGCCAUGCAUGCGCAUUCAGCCGAUGACGGCAGAAGAAGGAGGAGAUUCCCCAGUGCCGAGGGAGCCUGGCGCUGGAAAAAGUUAAGUGUUUAACCCCUUCCUCACCCUAGAGCCCGGCGAGAGGGGGCCGAGGGUGAGGGGGGCCCAAGGACCCUAUAGAACCAGGAAAAAGAGUGUUUUCCUGGCACUAUAGUGGUCCUUUAACAAGUCAUACCUCCCAACAGUUGUAGAUAAUAGUUUCUACAGUACCACAUUUCUGAUUAGCAUUCCAUCUUUUUUUUUUUUAUCUGUGGUCUCUUUUUUUUUUUUAUUGACAAAUAAGAGAAAGUACUCAGAAAAUACAAGAGUAAAUUUAUAACCAAUCACAGGUAGUAUCAAUUGAACACAAGUUUGCAGUCAAAAUGGCAUUUAGGUUUAGCCAGUUUUUCUGUGCUCUGCACUAUAUUAAAUCUCUCACGCAAAUGACGUGGAUUUCUUACAAAAAGCAUGGUUGCCCCUUUCCUAUACUUUUCUGAGCACGACAUUUAUUUUACAACACUAGUGGUAAUCCAGCAUGCAAACUCAGACAGUUCCAAUUAUUUACCACAGUAAAUCCACCAGGAGACUAUAAAACUCAGCACAUGUCUAAGUCUUCUGCAAUCACCUCAGCAAAUGGCUCUUAAGAAAUUAUUUAGUAAACAGUGAGUUUUAGUUAAUUGAAGACAGAAUUACAAAAAUGAAAUUAGGAAAAUAGCUGAUAUACAUUUUAGGCUAAAUUUUGAAAUUCAAUUCUAAAUUUACUACAAUUUGUAUUUUAGUGCAUAAAUCUCCUAAUGCUUGCAUAUACCUGAAUUUCUACGUUUAAUGGGUGUUUGCUGAAAACCAGCACAAACUGAUUUCAUAAGGGAGAGGGUGUCAGGUUGCUAGGUAGAAGAUGGGGGGUAACCCCUAAUUUAAUUUUAAUAGCCAUUAAGUGUCGAAACGCCGUCGGGACGCUUGUGUUUGGGGUCAGCGUGUUAUACGGGAAGAUACUGCAGCAAAUAUGUGAUUUUGUAGACAGCCACCACACUCAUAACAAUUUUUGUUUUUACUGCUUCUAUUGAUUGGUUUUAAAACACAUUUUUACUUUCCGCAUUUUUUGAUCUAUCACAUAUUUUUUUCUUAUAUGGUGUUAUUCUUAUUACCUUCUUAUCUUGUAUUAAUAACAGAGGGGCUAGUUUAAAGCUUAGCUACAGGCAUUUCACCCUGCUAGGAGGGAAGGGUGGUCUAGAUUUUUUAAGGGGUGCCCUCGAAGGCACAAUAGGAGUAAUAUAGUCCCUCUCCCUUCUUAUUGUCGUUCCCCAUCCCUCCUCUUUAUACUCUUACAAACAUUUUUGCCUACUUGUUCAUUUUACAUGCUAUAGCAUUAUCUUGACUAAGAUCAUUACUUUAUUUUGAUUAUUGUUUUUCUAUAUGUAUUUUAUAACAUUAUUCCUCCUCUUAAACUUUACCUUCAUUUUCGUGUUCAGUUUGUCAAAAACCCAAAUACAGCAUGUUACAUAUAGAUAGACUUUAAUGCUUGUUUGUACUUUAAAUAACUUACUUUCUCUUGUAGGAUAUAUUCGGAGUUAGCAUUUUCUCUCUAGCAAAAGUAGAUGUAAAGUUUAGUGAGCUAGCUACUCCAACGGACAUGAUACAAAUUUUUUAAUCUAAAACAAAGAAAUGUGUGAGUCACAAAAACAAGUAAUACAUCCAGGGUGCAAACCAUACUGUGCACUUCCAAAAGUGCAAUGCCCCUCAAAUAUUAUAAGGAUGCACACUAAACACACAGACUUGUAAAAAAAACCAAAAAAAACCCACUAUUAAUACAAAAUAAAGCACUAAAUAAAUAAACAAAAUAGCAAAUAGUGAUAGGGUAUUCACAACACAAUAAGCAUACAAUUCCAAACUCAAUCCUACCAGAAAGUGAAACCAGUGUCAUUAACUAAUGUAUUUUUCAAGGGACAAGUAUGCUUGCUCUUAUUGGUUAUACUAAAGUCUAGCAUGUAAACCAGGUGCUAGCUUGUAGUGCUUCAUUAUCAUUUAUCUCUGUAGUGGAUAUUAGAACUUCUUAUAACAACCACGGAUUAUCAUAUCUGGAUUAAGGUUGCCCAAGGUCCUAGGCAUGAUAACAGGUUGGCACCCCUUCCUAGAGUCCUGGGCUCUGUACUGUGAGUAUUGUGUGUUUGUGUGGUGGCUGAGUGUUGUUUGUGUGAGAGAGACCAAGUGUUGUGUGUGAGAGUGUCUGUAGUGACAGACGGGUGUUUGUGUGGAGGAGGCUAAGAGUUGUAUGUAGGGUGAAGGCUAAGUGUGCCUGUGUGUGCUGUUUGAGUGUUGUGUGUGUGUGUGUGUGGUUGCUGAAUUUUAUGUGUGGAGCGGACUGGCCGUUUUGUGUGUGUGUGUGUGUGUGUGUGUGUGUAUAGGGGAGUAUGAGUUUGACUGAGAGCUGUUUGUAUGAGUAGUGUGCGUUUUGCCUCCCUCCUGUUUACCAUUCCCUGGUGAUCUAUUAAAGGCUGAGCAGGAUUGUGACAAACUACCAUGGAAACCCUGUGAUUCUCCUAGCCCAAGUUAUGCUCCCCUCUAUUCAGUAGUUCUAUUUUUUGAACGCAAACCACCCCCCGGCUCAUUAUCUUCAACAUAACCACAAAGUUAAGUGCUCUCUCUGGGCGGCCGCUGUUCAUAUAACCGAAAGACAAGUGCGCUGGAAAAAAGUGACCAUCUUGUCUCCCGAACGCAGGCCGCAGUACUUGGUCAUCGAGUGUCUGGAACUCCAAGCCUAUAACUCGUGAACACCGGUAACUUUGUACCUCUGCCUGCUUCUGUUGCCAACAAGCCAGGAGAGCCCUAUUUGGUGGAAAGGUAUGCGCGAACUAGACAAAAAAAAUCGCUACCUAUGAGCCAGGGGAACAGUUUUGGGACUCCCGAAAGUGACCGACCGCUACCACUUUUCUUCUGGAACUAAUUUGGGCUGAUGCCACAUGUGCGGUCGGUCAAAACUAUACCCCAGUGGCGAUUUGGCUGUAUACUUGGGAUCUGAGCGCUAUUUGCACACUUUGGGCGCUCAGAUCCAGGCUACCUGGGGAUAUAAGACUUGUUGGGGUCUCUAUUAAUAUUAUGUAUGUUUUGGGGUGUUUUAUGUUUUAUUCCUUGUUCUAGUGCCUGGGAGAUAAUUAGUUUAAGUGAAGUAAAAUCAUUUGUCACGGGUUUGGAGUGAAUGAGCUCGGUAUGCAGAAAUUUAUAUGGACAGUCACUAAAUUAAAAGGUUUUAUUUUGAAAACAAAUAGAUAUAAUGCAAAAGUCCCAAUGCAAGUAUAGCAAUUCCUUCAUAAGAAAUAAAAGUCCUUAAAGAAAAAUAAAGCCUUUACCAGUGACUUGGUAAAUGAAGAGAGCUUUGAUUGAAGCUGUAGUUGAAUUGCAGGAGAUGACUCAGAGCUGGGGCAGCGUUGCAGGGGUUAAUCAAGGUUGAAACAACGUUGCAGGUGUUAAUCAAGGUUGAAGGCAGGUUUCAGGCAGACAAGUUGAUUCAUGGGAAUUCCACAGGUGAGGGUAAUCAACUCACUUCAGUCAGGAGCUGGCUCUGUACUCCAGGAGAACAACAAAACAACUGGGCACAGACCCUAAGGUGGUCUGUGCUUAACCCCUUAGCGACCGAGGACGGUUCAGGACCGUCAUCGGCAUUUUUGCCUUGAGGACCGAUGACGGUCCUGAACCGUCCUAACGGUCUGGGGGUACUUACCUGAUCGCUGUCGUUCCCCCGGCGGCGAUCAGUGUUCCUCCGGUUGUGGGGAGACUGCCUGCAGCCCAGACAGUCUCCCCACGGCAGAUUAGGACCCCUGUGGCCAUGUGAUCGCUUAACACAGCGAUCACAUGGUCACAAUAGGUGUCCAUGUGUCUGCCUGCAGGGGACUGUCUGUGCUGACAGGCAGUCUCCCUGCUUGUGUAAAAUCAGAAAAAAAAAAUAAAGUUAGUGUUAAUUAAAAAAAAAUUAAUAAUUAUAUAUGUGUAUAUAUGAUAUAUAGACAUAUAUUAUAUCUAUAUAAUAUAUGUCUAUAUAUCAUAUAUAUAUAAUGUCAUACUAAGUGUAUUUUUAUAUUAAUAUGUACUUAUAUUAAUAUAAAAAUACACUUAUAAUUAAAUUACACACGUAUAUAUAUAAUAUAUAUAACAACUAUAUAUAUUGUAUAUAUAUAUUAUUAUAAAAUAUAAAUAAUAAGUAAUUUAAAUUAAAUAAUUUUUUUUAAAUAAUAAUAAAAAAUUUAAAAAAAUUAUAUAGCUAUAUGAAAUUUUAUUCUAACUGUAUUUUAAAAUUAAUAUAUAUAUAUUUAUAUCAAAACACACUUAGAAUGAAUUUGUAUAUAUAUCUAUGUAUAUAAAAAUAAAUAAAAAUAAUAAGAAAUAUACAUACGUCCAUAUACAAAAUUACAUAAAUAAUUAUAUAAAUAUACACGUAGACUUCAAAUAUAUAAAUAUGCAUAUAUAUUUAAAUUCUGCGUCGCGUAUUCUUAUAAUAGUUUCUAUAAUUAAGUAAUUUUAUUGAUUGCAAUUUGAGGGACCUGCCUGACAACCCAGGCCGAAAGUCCAGAAAAUUGAAUUUGCUAGCACUGUAUUUAACCCUGUAACUUUCUAUGACACCCUGAAACCUGUACAUGGGAGGUACUGUUUUACUUGGGAGACUUCGCUGAACACAAAUAUUAGUGUUUCAAAACAGUAAAACAUAUCACAACAAUGAUAUUGUCAGUGAAAGCGAAAUUUUUUGCAUUUUCACACACAAACGAAGCACUUGCUGGUAGGCCGCGAAUUGUUUGUGAUACGUUUUCCAGUUUUUAAACACUAAUAUUUGUGUUCGCUAAAAUCUCCUAAUUAUAAUUUUAUCUGGCUAUAAUAACCACGAAAGUUACAAGGUCAAAUAUAUGGGUCAAAUAUUUUUUACAUUGAAAAUGGCUGGGUUGGUUACGUUGCCUUUGAGCGUAUGUUGUAGAAUGAGAAUUACCCCAUGAUGGCACCAUUUUGCAAAAGAAGACAACCCAGGUACGCAAAUGGGGUAUGUCCAGUCUUUUUUAGUAACCACUUGGUCACAAACACAGCCCAAAAUUUAGCGUUUCGAAAUUUAGUUUUUACUUAGGCAGGUGGCUGCUAAAAGGGCUGGACGCGCACCACAUUGAAUACCUGGGUUGUCUACUUUAAAAAAUAAUAUGGGGGCGGGGCCUGACCGGGGAGCUGAACAGACACGCUUUCUGUGAGCUCCCAGGCCUGGAUCUGAUUUUUGGCAGAAAACAGUGGGAAUACAGCCUAUCUCAGAACCCCAACUUACCCCACCUUGCUACAUGGAGGCAGGGGUACCGGGGGACACCUCACACGUGCAAAAGCCCGCUGGGAAUCCAGACCGGAGGCUUGGGGCCUACAACAUGCAGAGCAGGGGAGAGACGGCCGCUCUCCCGGCUCACCUAACAAGGCAGCACCCGAAGCAUCGGGCUUCUCCCCCCCCCUCGGGACCGGCGGGGGUUAUCCCGGUCCACACAAUCGAGUACCACAAGCUUACAUGGAAUGCAGAAGACGGCAGCAGCCUAAAUCGCAUCCCCAACCAGCAAACCGCUAGUGACAAGAUGGAGACCGAAAUGGCCGCCGCCACGUGUGCCCGAGGCACAAAGAAACUUGACCUUGAGACCAGGCUGGAGGAGCUGUUCGCCAGGUUCUGGAGGACAAUAGCCUCCAGGGAGCAACAGGCCAAGGCAUACCACCCUGUCACAGUCCUGCCGGUGAUCCCCCAACAAACGUGCACACCGCCUCGCGCCAACAAAGCCUGCGGAUGGCAAAACCGAAAAGCCCGUAAACCCAAGCGACUACCAAUACCUAUGGCGGCGACCCGCUCAUACAAGGGCCCGGCAAAACUUAACAUACCUAGGAGGCACGAAAAGGCGGUCCCGCUGCAGCGACACACUGCGCUAAACGGGGACCGGACAGGGCCGAAGGGCCCCAGGCAGACCACACCGCAACACCCCUACCGACAACACUCGGAGGUAGGCCCUGGCAUACCACGGAGGCGACACCACAGCCGGCGACACAUCACCUCACGCAGACUCUUUCACGUUGGCAGGUCCACCCCACCGGAAUGGGGCCAUGCCUAUAUCAACGCAGAGACCCCAUGCAUCGAACGAAGAGGCUGGACACUCUAUAACACCAAGAAGAUCCCUGCAACCAGACUGCACGCCCUGAGAGUUGGAGUUGGCUAGGGGACUUGACCGACACAGCGGACAUACCUAAACGCAGACAGUGGAGGACUCUAUUUAUGACAAGAGUGUAAAUAUGUACCUUCUUUUUUUUUUUUUUUUACGAGUUGCAUUUAUUAUGUUAUUCAACUUUCUUUUGCUCCAUGUAUGCCCCACAACUGCACCUACACACUUAAUGUAAAGCCAGCGCCACUGCCGCCAACUAAACACUAAGCCCAAUGUCCCAUUGGUGCUGGGCACUUGCAUACAGCAACCCGGCAUGGCACAUGGCUCUGUCAAUGCUAGGGACCACGGGGGGAAUGCCACUUGGGACGCAGCAAUCACCUACCAAGCCUCUCCGAGUAUAACCUCGAUACCCUGCCACCAGAGUUGGUCCAGCACACUUAUCCGUGGGACCACUAAUCUAUAGCCUUAAUGGCUAGGAAGGUUCUAGUUGCUCAUAAGCUAAACACCCACGUAUAGGUAGACAUACCAGCCUGCCAUGAUGGUGUCCAACCCGACACGUUACUAACUUAGGUCAGCCAUGUCACAGCAUAUCUUACCACCAUAUCUCCUGCUGCUGCCACUAGCAAUAACCAAUCUUUUGACUCACUCAGCCUUUCCUUAACGCAUGUAGUAACUUACUCAUAGCUUGACCAUCUCUUGCCACUGCAAAAUAAUCACAUGCCCAGAAAGUUAUGUUAUGCAAACGUUAUGCAAAUGCCUAAACAAAGUAAAGCUAUACUGUUUCUACCCUUAUAUAUAAAAAAUGUGCUUGAUCUCCCUUGUACCCCUAUGUUCCACUGUUCGUAUUGUGCUAGAGGAAUGCCUUUGGGGUACCUCACAUGCAACUGUUAUAUGCCUAUGCACUACAAAAAUAAAGAAUUUAAAAAAAAUAUGUACAUGUGGGGUGUUAUUCAGAGAUUUAUGACAGAUAAUAGUGUUACAAUGUCACUAUUGAUAAAUUUAAAAAAAUUUAUGUUUUGAAACCGCAAUAUUCUACUUGUACCUAUAGCCCUAUAACAUGCAAAAAAGCAUGUAAACACGGGGUAUUUUUAAACUCAGGACAAAAUUUUGAAUCUAUUUAGCAGUUUUUUUAAUUCGCUUUUGUAGAUGAGUAAAAGAUUUUUCAAGUAAAAGUCAAAAAACAUGUAUUUUUUUCAAUUUUUCAUCAUUUUUUUUAUUUUUUUUAAAUUAAAAUACAUGAGAUUAUAUAAAUAAUGGUAUGUAAAGAAAGCCCCUUUUGUCCUGAAAAAAACAAUAUAUAAUUUGUAUGGGAACAGUAAAUGAGAGAGCGGAAAAUUCCAGCCAAACACAAACACCACAAAAGUGUAAAAAUAUGCCUGGUCGCAAAUGUACAACAUCGCAAAAACAGUCCAGUCCUUAAGGGGUUAAAUAAAAAAUAAAAAAAUGGAAAAUCAAUAUAGUUAUCAAUAAUUGGAUACCAAUUGAUUUUAAAUAGUUUAGAUAGGUUGUUUGAAAAAUGACAAAACAUCUUAAACAGGUAUAUGACAAAUUAGAUGACAAAUUAGAAAAAUAAUGUCACAAAAAAAUAAUAAUAAUGGAAAUAAUAAAAAUAUAUGAAUGAAAAUGAAAAUAAAAUAAAGAUAAAAAUGGAAAUGAAAAUAGAAAUAAAAGUGAAAAACAAUAUAAAUAUAAAAAUAAUGAUAAUUUAAAAAUAGAAAUAGAAAUAAAAAUGAAAAAAUAAAUAAAAUAAAAUAAAAUAAAAAUUGGUAUAAAAAUAAGAAUGCAGGAAUAUGUCAAUACAGACAGAUUUGAAGCAAAGGACCAUAGAUUUUUACAUGAAACACACAAGGUCAAUAUCUGAAUUUAAUCCAUUGGGCUCCAGCGUUUGCAUCCUAUAAAUCCAAUAAGCCUCCCUUUUGGAUAAUUUAUUAAUACGGUCUCCUCCUCUCCAGUGGGGGAGAACCUGUUCUAUGCCUAUGUAUUUAAAAUCUUUAAAGGUAAAGACAGGACAGGAGUUGCAAUGUACCGGAACCUAAUGGGCUUUCAAACCCCUUUUAAUAAUAUUUAUGUGCUCCAUUAUUCUGACCACAAAAUCCGUGCGGCAGUCAAUAUUCAAACCCACAGAAAAAGUCUCCUUUGAUGUAGUGCUAUUAAAACUAGUGGCCCUCACCAUCUGUAUAGUGCUACAAGCCUCACAUUCAUGGCAACCUCUAAAUCCUUUUUGGAAAGUUGGCUUUUUACUUUGUUUUUCUUUUACAUAGCUGGGAGCUAUCAUACUUUUAAAAUUUUGAUUUCUUUUUUUUUUUGAAAAUCAUCUUGGGUUGUCUUGGUAUUAUGGAACCUCAUUGGAUCAUUAAGUAGGAUAGACCAAUGUUUUUCUAGGCUUUUUUUAUUUCUCUGUAAUGGGUAUUAUAUUGUCAAAAAGGCACACCUAAAUGAAUCCCUGUUUGAUGUUUUGUUGAUAUUUGUGAGGAACUCGUUUCUUUCUCUGAGAUAUGACCCUAAUUUCUCUUUCUAUGUUAUUUUUAUUAUAACCUCUUUGUAUCAGUUUUUCCUUAAUAUAAUUGGCUUGAUUAUUGAAAUCCAAUGUCUUAGAACAAUGCCGACGGCUGGCUUUUAGCUAUCCCUUUCAACCAUGGAUGGUAAUGACAGCUUGUUUUGUGAACAUGACUGUUAUCAUCCGUGGGUUUAAAAUAACAUUUAGUUCUAAUGUCUGCUUUUUCUUAGAAAAGUUAGAUCCAAAAAAAAUAUUAUUUUUAUCCCAUAUUGGGGUGAAUUUCAAAUAGAAAUUACGGCAAUUGAGAGAUUGCACAAAAUUGUUAUCCUUCCAAAUUAUAAUGUCAUCGAUGUAACGCCGCCAGAGGAGUAGGGGUAAACAGGAAAGGCCUUCUGGAAAUAGGACAGGAAAGGCAGGCUUUCUGGAAACAGGAUAGGCAGUGCCGUGACAAUUUAUCUCCCAGACACAGACGCCUGGGCGUGUUUUUUUUUUUUUUUUUUGCUGGGGGUAUGUGUAUAAAAGUGGGCCAUCUGGCCAUAAUAAAACAUUCCUCUUGUACCCUUCAUCAAGUCUUGACUGAUGCUUGGGUAUGCAAAUGACGAAGAGCUAUUAAUCACAUAACUUUGCUGGAGUUCGGGAGAGUAUGAACGGACGUAAGAUUCCAAGGGACUAUAUUCAAACAACCUUACAGGAGUUCGGGACAGUGCGAAUGAACGUACUAUAUGAAGUACAUAGGGUUCGUUACAGGGAUCAAUUGUGAUCUGUACCAAUAUCAGGUGCAGACCAUCAUUGGGUGCAGUCCUGACACUCAGUCAAUGACUAAGAAUGACAACUUGUUGGUAAUCGAUUGUGUCAAGCAUAGAAGUAAGUCCACUGAUGUUACAUUUCCCAUAUACAGACAAAGCGUCAUUUGAACUUUAGUUCAUAAAUAUCUGGAAUGCUACCUGUUAUACUGCAAUGUAGCUGUUGAGCAGAUUCUGAUCCAAACAGGGAAAGAACGUGUAGAGUGAGCAAGAUGUCCAAGAGCUAACAGUAACCUAUUGAUUUAAAAACAAACAGGAAAAAGUGAAUCGACUGCACCCACCCUAUCCUAGCUUCAUAGCCACUACAAUAAGCUGCAGUGGCAAAGUGCUUGGGGUGUAAUUUUAAAAGCAAAAUUGUUGCCAACAUGUGUUGUCUGAUCACUCGCUUGUAAUCCUACAAGGCAAGACUGGGUAAAGCCUAAUGAAUUUUAAUGAAAAAGUAAUUUAUCUCCAAGUGCUGGCAUGUUUAUGUCCAUUAGUAUUUGUUUACAAAUUGUCAUUUACAACAUUCAUAUAUCACAUCAAAGGGUUUAUAGCUGUCUCAAUUUCUUUGCAGUCUCUUAUUACACCAUCCUCUCCAGCCUCCUCACUGGAUAAUUACAGUACAUCUGGGGUCAUUAAUUUACAGUCAUCCAAUGGAUCACUCAGAGAGUCCUACAGAUUAAACAACACUUCCCUGUUUGCACAUCACAUAGGUAAGGCCUGUAAAAUGUGAUAACGCAUUGUGUGAUAAUCAACUAAUUUAUCAUUUCUGCAAUUGAUUGUUCCAUCAGUAAAAGAAUAUGAAAAUCAUACCAAAACAUUUGUACUUUUCUAUGUAUUAAUGUAGUAACAAGAUAUUUAAUAAUUAGAUGUCAAUACCAUUCAGAUAGCCUUGGACAUGUCUUACAAUGUUACACUUGUUUUAGUAAUUCGGGCACUGUGAUUGGGCAGUUCAGUACAUAAUUUUGGAUUGGCUACAUUUUGGCAACACGUAGGAAACUCACAAUCCAAGUAAUGAAACAGAAUUAUGGUUCACUAUCAAGCCUGCCUAGCCAUUAGUCUUAAGGGAACAUUCCAUUAACAAAUAGCAAUUCAGCUUGCUAAAGCACUUUAGAAGUCAGGAGCCUGUCACAUGUGGUGGAGAAAAAGGGGAAGACUUGCAAUGGCUUUAGACAAGAGAUCUGCAGCUUUUGCAAGCUGUUUUUAGAUAUACAACCAAUGGAAAAAAAAAUCAUAAAUAAAUGCAUGCAUGUUUUCUUUGGGAAUUUGUCUACUAAAUAGUGAUUUUAAAAAAAUAGGCAAUGGAGUGUUCCUUUAAAAUAUACUGGUUAAAUUAUAUAUAAUGUUAUACAAUGGAAUGCACCUGCCGGUUCCUUUGGUGUAAUUGUUGCCAGCUCCACUUUUAGUACUUUGCUCCACUUCUCAGAAUACAGCACGUUAUACACAACACCCAUAGUCUAUAAAUGGCUAGAAUGGAAUUAGUGGAACACUAGUAAAAAAAACAAAAAACUGUAGGGUCAUAGCUAGGCACCUAUUCCUAUGGUUAUAAUUAAAUAAGAUCAUUAAGAUUAUGCAAUUUGUGUUUUAUUAUAUUUUCUUUUAUGUAUGAUUUGGAUAGCUCCAAGAUAGAAUCAGAAAACUGUGGCUCAUUUCAAAAACAAAAAUUGUUCAUGUUAAGUAAUAUGUAUUUUUUCCAAUAUUUUGAGGUCUUUAUUUUUUCAUGUAAUUAUGAAAUAAAACUGCUGCAGAAGAUCACAAAUUAGAGUCCUCAAUUACAUGUGUUUGCUGUAGAUUCCCCUAUUACUACUAUGCCAUUGGAUAGGUUCAAAAAACUAGAUUAUACAAAAAGUUCCAAAAUCCUUCUUUUUAAAUUGUUUCUGUAUAUGUUGUAGAUCGAAAGCUUCCUCUCAUUAACUCAUCCAGUGAUUUUUCCAAGACCAGCAUGUCAGUAGAUGGAUCAUCAAUACACAUACCUAAUAGUGGAUAUCAUAGCUCUCAAACGUACCUCACAUCAGUAGAGCUAAAAACACCUUGGUACAUAUCUUUACUACAUGAAAAGGUAUGGUGCAUUGUCCUGAAAUUUCUACUCUACCAGCAAGAAUUAUUUAGUAAGUAAAGUUGAGUACUAAAAAAGUUGUGGUGAGAACACAAAUGAUAAAAUUCCCCAUUGGUUUACGCAUCGAUUUAUGAAUCUAAAGUAGGACCUUGUGCACAGUAAUUCCGUAAGAUCAUGUUUCCGCAAUGUUCUAGAAUUAUGCUUUUCUGCAGGUUGAAGUUGUGGUCAAAACAAACACUGUUAAAAUUCUCAACUUUUUUAUGUAAAUUCAAAAUACUGUUUCUAUACAUCUCAUAUGAUUGUCUAUGCUCAUUUGCACUUCACGCUGGGAACCUUGUGAAUUACUGCACCCAAUUUAGAUUUUUUUCCAAGGUCCUAUUUGAGAUGAUGCACAAAAGUAAAUGAUAAAUAUAAAUAAAAUUAUAAUAUGUUGAAUGCUAAAAUGAAUCUGUCAUGAUCCAAAAUUCUUCCACAUUAGUUUAAUUUUCAUGAUCAAUUUUUUGUUGUAAUUGAAUCCACUGUGAAAAUCACAGUGAGAAGCACGCAAGCGCCUCUAGCGGCUGUCAAUGAGACAGCCACUAGAGGCUGGUUUAACGCUAAUAUAAACACAGCAGUUUCUCUGAAACUUCUAUGUUUAUAGAAAAAAGGGUAAACCCUAGCUGGACCUGUCACCCAGACCACUUCAUUAAGCUGAAGUGGUCUGGGUGCCUAUAGUGGUCCUUUAAGGUAGAUGCUAACUAAAAUUACAAUUAACAGAUACAUACAUCUUAUUGGAAGUGUAGGCAUUUAAUGCCUUGUAGGAGACAACAAAAUAAAAAACAAAACAAAAACACAGCAAAAAAGGUUCAUUAGAGGAUAAUAGCUAUUCUAUCAAGUGUACAAAUUAUGUCUGCAAGAUCUGUAUCUCAAAUAGCACCAUGUAUGUGUAUGCAUACAUUCUGUAAAUUCACAAACUAGUUCCUCUCUUUUUUUUUUUCUUGUCCAUUAUCAGGAACGCUAUCUUCUUAAAUUAGGAGAAGAAAUAAAUCGCCUCUCGAGGUAUGAAGUAGAAUGCAAGAAGAAGGAUGAAAUUAUUUGCAACUUGAAGAAUGUUAUAUUGCAGCUUGAGAGUGAUUUAAAACAAGCAGUUCAUAUCGAAGUUGACUCACAACAGGUGGGCACUUGAAGUCAAUGUAUGCAUAGAUGACAUCCUAUUCAUGUCAAACAAAAGGCUAAUAAACACAAACACUCUAUUUAAACACUUUAUUCACUUGUGUUUACAGGAAGACACAGCUAUAAAGCAAAAUAAUGAGCCAAAUCAGCUUACAAGCUCUAAGAAACCACAUAUUAAUACCUGUCCAAUUAAUAAUAAUUUCCAAGACGAAUCAAAAGAUUCUACACUAAGUCACAGAGAUUCAGAAAUGAAUCCAGAAGGAAAUAAUUUGAAUUCCUUAUCAAACGUGUCUGAGUCACACAAAGAGAGUGAGCCGAUACCACCUGAAACAGAGGUAAUGUCUGGGUCUGUUCACUUCAUGCUAAUUUCUUUAAAAGUUAAAACUCCACAUGUUACAUGGAACACAACACUUAUGAUGAGCGAUAUUAAACUGGUAAAUAGAAUUCCCCUUAGCUAACGAACAAGUUUACUAAAUUGGAACCUCUAAAGAGACACUCCAGACCGCUAAAGCGCUUUCUGUGUGAAGAGUGUGUCAUCUUCUUUCAUGUUACUUACUGCUUUGGUUAGCUCAGUGGAGCUAAACUCAAGAGGCAGCCAAUUGCCCAGAGCACCUGGCAUGCAGAGACCUCUCAUUGAGCUGAAUUUGGAUGUCUGUGAUUGGACAGUCACAGAAAGUUUGGGUGGAGUUACAAGGGGAGGGCUUCAAAAGGAAGCAGACAAGAUAUCUGCAAGUUUUGAAAGCUUUUUUUAGAUAUAACCCCAAUUUAAAAAAAUCGUAAAUGAAUGCAUGCAUGGUUUCAUUGGGGUAUGUCUAUCUGCUAAACAGUGAUUUAUUCGUUUUUUAUAUUGAAAGUGGGAUGUCCCCUUGAUUAACUGGAUUAACCUCAGAAUAUACACCCACACAGUGAAAUAAUUUAUCUAGCCAUGUAAAAUAAAAAAGGUUUCAAAAAUUAUAUUGAUAUAGAAGAUUUUUUUAAGCAAAUAAUUUAAGAAGAACCCUUCCAAAACAGAAUCAAGUUUAACUAUUUUAAUCAACUUGAUAAUAAAACUAUGAAAACACAUUUAGAAAUUUGAUAACUGCAGUGCAAUUGCAAAAUUUUGACGUGAGUUCCAGUCACACCAAGCUUUAUUCCCUGGCCAAAAAUGUUGAGUAAUACAAUACAGAGAAUUACCAUUUAUCUUGGAAUUCCCCUAUCAAUAAUAACAUGUGAUCAAUAAUCUUCACAAGACUUUAUGGCUGCAGCAGAUUGACUUCUAUAACUCUUGUGAUAUUUUUCGCAUGCAGAAUGUGGUCAAGACCCACAGGGCUGAAGGACAGUCUAAUGAUUCAGAAGAAGACUAUUUUAUCCAGAGCCAAACUGAUGGUGGCAUGGUUGUACCAAACAUCAAAGUAAAACAAAUUAAUGAAUUACAGAAAGAAUUAGAUAACCUUAAAAAAGACCAUGAGAUAUCUAAAGGUAAAUUUUAAAUUUAUUGAGAAUAUAGACAUAUUUUCUAAUCUCGAAUUCUACAAAUGGGAAUUUUAUUAAAUGAUAUGGAAUAUGUUUGGUUAUGUCUGAAUUAUUUACAAAUAUUGUUUUAAUUUGAAAGAUUUCCUGUCAAAACUGUGCAUUUUUUUAGGAUUCAUUCUGUUGUCACAUCAAAACUGAUGUACAGUUAUUUGUGAAACAUAAUGAAAAUUUUAUAUUCUUAGCUUCAAGGUGGAUUCUCAAUAAAUAAAUAAUAUUCUUAGAAUUAAGGUGGGUGCUACUUGUGAUUAAAUAGAACAAUAAAUCUGAUUAUAAUUAAAUUAUUAUAAUUAUGUUUGUUUUAUAUCAUUGUUCAUUGAUUUUAGGAACAAUCUUCUCGCUGAAGAGACGGGUUUCGUUUCAAGAGUCUCAGCUCCGGAGAACAGAGUCCGAAAAGGACAUUCUGGAAAAGCACCUAAAAGAGAGAGUAGUUCAGAUCCAGGCCAUGUCUACCAAGGUAUUCAGAAGUAACAAUCACUAGUUAUUAAUUAUGUAUGCAGCUCUUCCUGUAAUAUGUUGGGUGUUGAAUACCAUGUUACAUUAUUAAAUCACUAUUUAAAAAUGCACUGUUGGUAGAGCAUGUGUCACAAUAGCCAGAUUCCUGACAACAAGUUUGUAAUGAAUGGUUAAAUGAAUGCACACGAAGAGAGUAUUGUUUAAUAAGGUAAAGGGAAAUUGGGUAUAGUUCAAUAGAAUGCACAUUCAGAAUUGGUUAUCUAAACUUAAUAGGCAACGUUCUGUUCAUGGCCUCGAUUUUAUAUUUUUAUUUACAUUUAUCAAAUUAUUUAAUAUUUUAAUUUUAGUAUUAAAAAAAAAUGACCCCGAAAGGAUUGGGCGUGCUAUCCUGAUAAAUGGAGGCAGUGUGGAAAUAAGAUGCUAAAUAAUGCUCAAGUGGAUUAGGGCUCACCAGUCCUGUGUAAGAAACUAAACAAAAGAAACACUAAAUAAAAUAGUAAGGUGGGUGCAGGUGCUACUGUAGCUAAGCAGUCGAGGGGUAAAUAGAUGCUGAACCCAAACCGGUUUGCUAAAAUAAUAUUGUACUUAAAAUGCAAUUUAACAGGUACGGACAAAUAACCUGUGAUCUAGUCAAUUACAGAAAAUGACCAUGUGUAAUGAUAUAAACAUCCACUAGGUGUCCUUAGAGUACCCUAAUAACUUAAAUUCUUGUAAUUCUUUUUUGCUAUAUUUUGGACUCCAUUUGGAUUUUUAAGGGACAAAGAUUUUUUUAAAUUAAAGCAAUUACACAUAAUUUCAUUCUUAUGUUAUCUUGUGUGUGUAUAUAAGUUGAUUUGUCUCUUUAAAGUUUUCCAGUCUGCGGGAAGAAAGAAAACACGAGGACAUGAUGGCAGCUAUAGAAAAGGAUAACUAUAAUUUAAGAGAGGUAAGCUUCGGAAGAAUGGAGGGAUCUGGGUGAAGCUCCCACUUAGCGGCUGCACACAUAACAAUAUCGAAUCUGCCUUUCGGAUUAUAUUUGUAUACCGUAAUUAACAGUGAAAUCAAGAUCAUUAAUGAAGAAAGUUGCUUAUUAAGCUCCAUGGCAUUGCACAGCUUUUAUACAAGGUUAUUCAAUGAGAAAUAUCAGAAAUGAAAUCUAUAUGGAUUUUCAUAUUUUAGGUAGAAAUGCAAACAUAGCUAACGUGGAGAAUUUCUCAAAUCUGGCUAACGUGACCUAAAAUUAGAAAUCCCUUUAAAUUCCUGACAAAUCAUUCUAAUGGACAGAAUGAAAACAUUGUUGACUUGGAGUCUUUUACUAGACUAACAGUACAAUUGUUCCCUAAAUAAUCCAUGGAUGCUUACGGAUUCCUUAGACUUCUAUAAUUGGUUUGAAAAUUGUUUAUAUUUACUGAUUUUCAAGGAAAAAUAUGCAAAAGGGUGCAGAAAAGAUAAAUGGGAAAUCUGUAAGGAGAGCCCAAUCAUGUUCUUGGAUGCAAAAUGUAUACUGUUAUAGGAAGCAUUCAGCUAUACAAAUCCAAAAGUAUAGGUAUGUGAGAGUUCCUAUGUUAAAAAUAAACACAGAAGAAGAGAGCCAGGUGGAAAUUGUAAGUAGAUAGCAGUUAAAAACAAUCCAGAAGGGCACUGAUAUGCCGAUCUACAACAACCUGCAUACUGCUGUGCUUUACCCCUAGUUAACAUGGAUAGGCAACCUUCGGCACUCCAGAUGCUGUGGACUACAUCCCCCAUAAUGCUCUUACACUCAUAAUGCUGGCAAAGGAGCAUGGGAGGUGUAGUCCAAAACAUCUGGAGUGCCGAAGGUGCGAUCUAGUACCAUCUAGAGGCCUGUGGUUUACAAGCUGUGGCAUUUGCUGAGGGAGUCUCGGACUAGUGCUGUCUGUGUCUCAUCUGACAAUGUAUUGCUGGUGUCUGAGUGCUUAUCUCAAUGUUCUGCUAUUGUCUCUUACUUUCAUUUAUUCUUUUCAUUUACAUUUUUUUAUUGCUUGGCAUUAGAGUCUUACCCUAAUAUCAAACCAAAUCAAUGUAUCACUUAUGUUAAGUCUAGUAUUAGUAAACAGAAAACUUCUCUAAUUUAAUCCUACUUUAGUAGCAUACAUAGGUUAUGAACCCAACACAUCCUGACAAUUUCUACUGACUUAAAGGACCACUCUAGGCACCCAGACCACUUCAGCUUAAUGAAGUUGUCUGGGUGCCAGGUCCCUCUAGGAUUAACCCUUUUUUUAAUAAACAUAGCAGUUUCAGAGAAACUGCUAUGUUUAUAAUAGGGUUAAUCCAGCCUCUAAAGCCUCUAGUGGCUGUCUCAUUGACAGCCGCUAGAGGCGUUUGCGUGCUUCUCACUGUGAAAAUCACAGUGAGAAGACGCAAGCGUCCAUAGGAAAGCAUUAUGAAUGCUUUCCUAUGAGACUGGCUGAAUGCUCGCGCAGCUCCUGCCGCGCAUGCGCAUUCAGCCGAAGAGGAGGCGGAGAGCUCCCCGCCCGGUGCUGGAAAAAAGUAAGACUUAACCCUUUCCUCUCCAUCCAGCCCGGCGGGAGUGAGACCCUGAGGGUGGGGGCACCCUCAGGGCACUAUAGUGCCAGGAAAACUAGUGUUUUCCUGGCACUAUAGUGGUCCUUUAGUAGCUUCAGUCACUCUAUCUUAACUUGCAAUUUUCUCGCAUGUGACUGUUAUUCUCUUUUAAUAUACAAAAUGAGAUGUCUUUACAGAUGCCAAAAAUGCCCAGGCUAUUGCAUGCUGGUAUUAUUUGAUUUGAGUAAUAACAUGCUGAUAAAAUCUCAAUUUGUACUGAUUUAUCUGGUUAUCAUUGUACCAAAAUGAGGUUUUCUUAUACUGAAGUGUGCCAAUUGCAUUCAUUACAUUUUUCUGUACUUUAUGGCUUUCCUAAACCUCAAUAAAAUAUUAAUUGACAAUAAAAAAGCAAUCCAAAAGGGGAUUUGGGUUGGGUAGGGAAGUGCAAGAACGCAUAGAGAACAGAGGAAGGCAAUGAGCAAACAGAAUAGGGAGAUGUAGAAGAAAAACUAAAGAAUGGGAGAAGCAAAGAUAUAACAUAUGAAAAAGGAAGCGUAAUAAUCAUCAUUUAUGUUUUUGUACCUGUCCGCUAUCCCUUGUACAGAGCUUAAGCCUGAGGACAUCCAGCGUUACCCAUAGGAAAGUAUUAUACAAUGCUUUCAUAUUGGGAAUGUCCUAAUGCUAGUGCGGCCCUCACCGCGCAUGCACAUUAGGUCUCCACCGCUGGCUGACAUCAGUGGAAGAGGAGUGGAGAGGAAAUACAUACAUGUCCAUAGGAAGAAGGAAGAAGUCAAAUGGACACAAAAAUGUUCCUUGUAGAAUAUAAGAUAAUAUAACAUAACAUACAAUAAGAUACAUUUUAUUUAAUCUCUGGAAAGAAAACAUAUAACAUACACCCAUUAAAAAGAUCUAUGAAGAAAUAUAAGCUCUAUAUUUAGAUCAAGAAGUGGAGAGAGAGACUCUGAGAUGGACUGGAUGGGAUGUUAAGUGAUUAGAGGGGUGUAAAUAGAUUAACCCACAGGGAUCCUAUAUACCAGCUACAGUUUGACUUCUUGGACUAUAAUACAAGAUGAGCGCAAAAAACGGUGGCGCAAGAGAAUACUGGGAACGGGCAGCAGCUGAAAUAGCCCCGCUCAAAUCUCAAGCUGGUUUUAGCUCAUCUUGUGCCAUUACAGAGAGAACAUCUCUGAAACAUAUAUCAGACUGGUCCCACCCAUACAGGCAGUCCAGAUCCGAAAUGCCAGCAAGUUCCCCCUGCACGAGAGACACAGCAACCCCAGACUAUCGUUUCAGCCUUGUUAGGCAUCAUCAGUAAGGCAUAGCUGAUAUCCCUUUAGGCACCGUGAGCAAGGGGUUCACGUCUGGAUUACCCUUUAAACUUGUGGAGAGCAAAAAACAGUGGCGCAAGAGAAUACUAAGAACAGGCAGCAGCUGAAAUAGCCUGCCCUUCGGUGGGUCCCCGCUCAGAUCUCAAGCUGGUUUUAGCUCAUCUUGUGCCAUUACAGAGAGAACAUCUCUGAAACUUAUCAGACUGGCCCCACUCAUACGGGCAGUCCAGAUCCCGUAAUACAAGAUGAUAUACAUUCCUGUAAACUGUUGGAGUGGAGGCUGAGCCUGAACCAGCGCCGGUGGACAUCAACACUGGAAUCAGGUAAGUGACAGAAGGGUUUUUUUAAAAAAAUCUUUAUUUUUGAAGUGCAAAAGGGAUUACAAGCAAGCCUGUUGUUCCACGACAGCAGUAACAGGCAUAUCCAAGCAAACAUUAUCAUGCCAUCAGAUUAAACUGCACAAUUUUUAUAAUUCAACAGGAUGGUGCUAAUUAUGUCAGAAGACGAGUAAGUAUGGUUAGUACUAGCAGGUUUUUUUUAAGCUGGCGUGUGUGGUACUUUAACAUGAGUAACAAUAACAUGCUUCUACUUUCAUAUAGUAUACAGGCUUGAGUAAUAGUGAAACAGUAGAUAUGACGGCAGUCUAGUAAGAUAAAGCCUGGGAGACUGCUAUGCACAUUGACAUGAAGGUUAGGUAUUAUACAUGCCUGGCUAUCUAGUUUUUGCGCAUGGUUUUUAAAAUAUAAACAAGUUAUGGCAGUUCAAGUGGGUGAAUAAUGUGCUCAUUAAACAUAUAGCUUGAAUUUGAUUUCCACUGGGACAGCAAUCAGUCUGUGAGACACAGUAGAAGAGAAAAUAAAAUAAGUUAUGAAUUAGUAUCCUGUUCGGUCGUCCUAUAGUAUAGGCAAUAGUAUAUCACCUUUAACGUGGUGUCUGGUGUUGCAUAGUAGCUUGGUGUAUAUACCUAUAGUGUGUGUGUUGUUGUGAUGCUAUCCCCUGGGUUGCCCCUACAGGUCAUGGGGUGUGUGUAGAUAGAGGUGUGCAAACUGAAAAAAAAAAAAUCAUGGCACAACACAAGUUAGGUUAAACAGUACAUGUCUGCAAUGCCCUAGUAGUGUAUGUGGUUAAGAUAAAGUUCAACAUUUGAAGGCAUUUAAAGCAGUCUGCACAUUUCAAAGUAACUUGUGGUUCGGGCAUGACUUGCAGGCAUAAUCAUAAACAUUUGCGGGGUGAAUUAAGAAUAACAUGUACUGGAUAACUGUCAUAUGACAUGCUUAUUGGUGUGUUAUUCUCAGGCUUGGUAUGACAGUAAGUCGUCACCUUUACUUGUAGGAGGGGACAGGCUAAGCUACCUAUCAGUGGGAUUGGCAAAAGUAGAUUACUAAACCUGGGUUAAGUGUCAGGUGUGUGGGCCCGUCGUGAUCUUCACUAGAGUUGGUGUCAGUCCAACCACAGUCCAGCUUUAGAUGGACACAACUGUUGGUAUCAUUGACCUUGUGCUGCAAUCUCCCUUCAGCUAGGUGGGUGGUGAAGGUCUCCUGGGGAUAUGCAAGGCGUAAAAGUCAGGCAUGGAGCCCUGGGUGAAGAACAGUGUGAUCCCCGCCAAUUGUGAUCCAACCCCAAUUGUGGGUUGGAAACUUAGUAUUGGACGGUUCCCCCAUGGGAUAGUAUGUCCUGUGGUAGGCCUAGGGUCCGCAGCAGGGUUGGAGCCUCCUGGAUGUACUGGAUGUUGUGUGAGUCCGUCUGCUGUUGCACUGUUAGUGUUCGGGAUUGCCGCCAUCGGUAUACGAUCUUGUGGCGUUGGAGCAAGGAGCUGAGUGGUCGGAGUGACCUGCACCAUGUCAGAGUGCCAUUGGACAGAUCCGCAAAGAAGGACAAUUCUAUGGCCUCGAAGUGGAGAGGUGUUUUUCCUCAUAGGGCAGAGAGGAUCACCGCAUUGUCCCUGCUUUUGCGGAAGGUUGAAAUGACAUCUCUCGUGGCCUUGGCUGGGGCUCUUGCUGGCUUGGGGACCCUGAAGAGGGUUAUUGUCUUGGCUUACCUGGGCGGUAAUAUAGUCGAUAGUAGGCACCCCAUGACCGUCGGCAGCUCAGCUUCCAGUACCUCCUCUGAAACCCCUCUGACUUUUACAUUGAGCCUCCACCUGGAGUCCUCCUGACUCGCGAGGCGGCGUUCAUACUGUUGGUUCUGCAGCUGCAGGUCCUGUAUGGCCUGUUGGAGCGUGGCAAUGCUCUGGGUGUUGGACUGAGUGGAUCCCUCCAGUUUGUCGGUGCGGCCUGUCAGGCCUCGUAAGUCUUCUCGCAGUGCUAUGACAUCCGCGUGGAUAUUUUUGCAGGUCUGCUAACAGAGCUUUGAGGACUGCUGUGGUUGCUGGUUCGGAGUCUGCACCAGUUUUAUUGUGUUUUACCGUCUGUACUGGGGCCGAAGUCGGUAGGUAUUCUUCGUCUAGGUCUUCAGAUAGCUCCUCGGAAAAAUCAGAGCAGCCGCCAUGCUGGGUACACUUGCACCUCGUGCUUGCCUCCCCGAGUUGGGCUUGUUUGGCAUCCUUUUUUUUGGUUUUGCGCCCCAAGUGGCUUCAGGGUACCCUCCUGUCAUUUUGGGGGUGAUGAGGGUUAAUCUGAUCGUUUAUUUCACCGGUUGAGGCUCAGAGCUGUGGACUCUUGCGACCGUUCGUUUCGGCGUUCAGGGGGCCCGCGAGAGAGGGGCAACAAAGGGAAGCUGUAGUGCCAGGAACACAACAUUGUUUUCCUGGCACUAAAGUUUCCCUUUAAAUAAAAGUGAAAUUUUAACUUGUUCUAGAAGGGUGACAAUAAUCACGAAUAAGAAAGAGCUUCUAAAUAUUCCAGUUUGGCUACUUCAACCUUAAAUUUGAAAUUCACUUUGAAUUCUCACUUUAGUGUAUAAACCUGUAAAAAUAUAUAUUUUAGUCAAUGUUUGAAUUGUGCAGAAUAUAAUAGUUGUGUGUCCAUUUCUUGUUCCAUUAAUGUACUGAUCCACUUGUGAAAUAAAUGUAUCAAUAAAUAUAUAGUAAAAUAUAUAUGUAUUAAAUAGUAAUAUAUACAAUCAAUAACAUGUUAUUUUUCUAUUUUCUGCUCUAGCUCAUUUCAGAAUUAAAAUCUGAGCUGAUGAAAAGAAAUUAUGUGAUCGGUGAUUUGAAAACACAAAUUCAAAAAUUACAGAAGGAGAUUUCAGAAUAUCAGAAGCAAGUGAAGAAACGUGAAGAUGAGAGAAAUGUGAUUCAGAGUAAGGCUGAAGACCUGGAAAGUUCUGAGCAGCAUGUGAAAGUGUCUCUGGAAUGCCUGCAGUCCAGGGUAAAUGCAUGGAUUUCAGUCUUCCAAUCAGUGGAGUGUGAAUGACAGUAAUUUUAAAGUGAAGUCCAUAUUGCAGACAAAUACAGACAAUUGGAAAAAUUCUCAAUUUUUUUUCAUUUUAUGUGAUGGACUAUAAUUCGAACUUCACUUUAAAUUCCCAACAAAUCAAACUUCAUUACCCAGUCGUAAACAAUUGAUAUUAAUUUUUUUUUUUUUUUUUACGUUGAAACAACUGUUUAAUUCAAAAGCUUUUGCUUUGAGUAAGACAGUUGCCUCACUCUGCAGGCUGAAGAAAGCGAGUGCAUAUGAUUUUUUUUUCAUAGUUACCUGCUUCUUUUUUCUAAACCUACUUCAGGGAGACACUGAUCUAACCAAUCAGUGUUCUAUCCCUAGGGAUACUGAAAAGUGCAUUGGACAUGCCUGGCAAUUUACACAUGUGAAGUUAGAUGAUCUCUUCACCUUGCAACAUCUUGACAGGGGGGGAAAAGAGUAUGAUCAGUGUGAUCAUGCAGAGCAGGCUUUGGUGGAUAUAUCUUCAAGCAGAUUUAUUGUAUGACACACCGCAAUGUUUAAGUUUAAAGGAGCACUUUAGGGUCAGGAACACAAACAUGUAUUCUUGACCCAAAGGGUUAAAACCACCAUCUAGCCACCCUGGUCCCCUCAUGCCACCCUAAAUAUUGUAAAAUCUUACUUGUAUUCAAGUCUGGAGCUGCAUGCUUUGUCACGGUUUCUUUUAGACCUUCCCACUGCCUACUGACAUCAUCAGAAGUGGUAGCCUGAUCCAAUCACAAUGCUUCCCCAUAGGACUGGCUGAGACUGACAAAGAGGCAGGUCAGGGGCAGAGCCUGCACAAUUAAAACACAGCCCUGGCCAAUCAGCAUCUCCUCAUAGAGAUGAAUUGAAUCAAUGAAUCUCUAUGAGGAAAGUUCAGUGUCUGCAUUUUAGGCAGCCAUGACCCAGGAAGGAUCUUUAACACCUAUCUGAGGAGUGGCCAGCGAAGUUAUCACUAGGCUGUAAUGUAAACACUGCAUUUUCUCUGAAAAGACAGUGUUUACAGCAAAAAGCCUGAAGGUAAUGAUUCUACUCACCAGAACAAAUCCAAUAAGCUGUUCUGUUCUGGUGACUAUAGAGUCACUUUAAGUUCUGAAUUAAGUGUCUAAAAAGGCUUUCUUACUUGAUACUAUGAAUCAGAUAUUUCUUUUGUUUCUUUCACUUUCUUAAAACUCAGUUUGAAAGAUUCCGGAGUAAAAUCAUUCAAGCUACAUUCAGUGCUCCGGGAGUUAAGUUUCCACAUGUUGAAAUACCCGAUAAUGAAGCUCUAGAGGCUAUGCAGGUAAGACCGUUUCAUUUCUUCUUAAUGGAGUGCAGGAAUUAUUUGUCCAGCCAUUGCCAAUGUCAGAUGAUUUUCUUGAUGCAUUUCAGACACAAGUUCACCUUGUUUUGUGACAGGUGACACAAUAUAAAUGUGUAGUUUAACCACUAUCCUCACGGUAUACUUUCAGAAUCAAAGUGCAUUUGAAAUUUAAAGGGACACCACGACCUGUUUUUUUCAUUUUACAAAAAGUGUAGAUAUUGAUAGAUAUUGGCACUUUUAUAAAUUAACCUUAUUACACCCCCUAGCUGUCACUUGGAAUUUUGCAAGUUGUUUUUUCGAUAUACCCCCAAUUAAAAAAAAAUCAUAAAUAAAAUCGUUCCUAAUCUAAACAGUGAUUUUUAUUUUAUGUACCUAUUUUAUUUGGAAAGUGCAGUGUCCCUUUAAGGAUAGCUAAACACAACGCAUCGCUGAUUUAUUCCACUUUGGCUAUUUUGACCUAAAUUUUACAUUUACUUUCAAUUCAGUUUGAAUUCUCACUUUACUCACUUUAGUAAAUAGCCCUGUAUAAACUUAGACCCCUAACUAAUAUGGUGGGUAUACACUGAGAAGAAACAUAAUACAAGAUAUGAGAACUCAUUUAGUAGACAGUUGGCUGUUAGAGUAGGACCUGCCAAAGAUGAGGUACAUUGACGUUGUGGCAGGCUUAUGCAAUGUAUGAUCAUAUAAUGUAACUAAACCCCCAUUAUUUUUUGCCUAGAUUAGGUGUUUUUAAUAAAACUAGCAAAAUCGGUCAGCACCAAUGUGGCUGUUUUAGUAGAUAAGGGAGUGCGCUGUCUCUUCAUUUUUACUAAUACAAGAUAUGUACACAUUACUGCAGUAAAAAAUGAAUAGGGGUUAAUUAAUGCAAAAUCUUUAAUAAAUGUGUUAUCAUUUGACUUACAACAUGCAUAGUUACCAAUUGUCCCGUUUAUGUUGGGACAGUCCCAAAUUUUGAUCUCCUGUCCCUUCUGUCCAGUCCCAGGACUUCUCCUGUAUUCAAAAAAUGUGUCCGUAGUUUAUUUUGUGUACCAAUUUCAAAUGGAACUGCUAGCCGACAAAAAAAGCUGCUACAGCUAUUGAAAAGGGCAAGGAAGACUCAGAGGACCAUUAGACGCACCAACAUAUUUAUUCACAAAUGCAAGAAUUCAAAGUAAAUUUUACAUUUAAGACAAAAAUAGAUGGAAUGGAAAAAUUCUCUAAUUCAGCUAUUUCUUCAGACUGGCAACUUUAACCUUAAAUUUGAAAAUCACUUUGAAUUCUCACUGUAAUUAAUUACUCUGCAAGUCCCCCUCCUUUGUAAUUAAGAUAAAGUAACUUAUUUUCACGCUUUCCGGUGCACCGCAGCUGGUUUAGAGGGUAUUAUCUCACUCUUUAGUCUCCUUCUUUACCUCCCUAUUCAAUAUCAGUGACUCCUUUUGAAUUCUGCAGCCAGUGUGCAUGGGGGUGCUGCGGUCAAGUGUCAGUGGAGUAAUUCACGAACACGUCUACAAGCUCAUCGCACCCACAGUUCAAAAUCGCCACAUUGGAGAAAUUCUCAGAAUUUGUUGGUGCUUUAGAAAUGCCAGUGAUGAUGAUAAUAACAUUAAAUCCGUUAUGUUUACAGCUUGGCUACUUUGGCAUGAUAUUUGGAAUUCUAUAGUGAAUUCCUGACAAGUCACAGUAUAGUGAGCAAACCUGAUGUUAAGAUGCAUGGCUGCACUUUUUAUGCCUGCAGUGUCCCUUUAAGUUGUGCAUGGAAUUAUGGGUACUAUGAAUUUGGCAUUCAUUAGGUUUCCGCACGGUAUGCUAAGCCUUUGAGAACAGAUUUCCUUUAAAUUUGAAGUCUAGCUUUUCAGAAUUUAUGAUGCACAUGGAUUAAUAUAUUUUUUUCUUCUUUUUUUGUGUCUUUGAUAGAGAAUAAUUACAGAACGGUCAGACUACCACCAGCAGCUGAAGCAAAAAGGGGUAAAAGUGCCUCCACUUCACAGCUUGGAAACCAUUACUAAACAGUUGCCAUCAACUCCACGAAAACAUAAAUGAACUACAAAAAGACUUUACUUAAUGAUGUAUAAGUUAUCAAGUAUAUUGAACACUGUCUAUUACAAGUCAUGGUUAGAAUUGUCAGCACAGUCAGAUUGUUCUCCUGGACAUCAACGUUUAGACAAGCAAACUACUCAAUAGGAAUUCUGUACAUUCCACACUUUUGGAUCAUUCAGUUUGGUCCAUAUUUACUCCCUAUUGCAAAACUUGCACGGGCAUGCCAAUUGAUCUUACUACUUUACCCCACAAUUUACUCCUAUUUCUGAAUUCCUGGGGACAGGGGGCCAUUUAACCGGUAACUCCCAGGUAUUAAAAGGAUCAUCUCCUACUCCCACUCUUAUUUAACCCUCAUCUCAGACCCUAGGAAAUAGGGAAAUGAGCAGGUGUGCAACAAGGGACUUUUUAUAUGUAUAAAACUAAACAAAUAAUAUUUUUGCUAAUAAAUAAUGAAUUUAGAAGAAAAUAAUGUAAUUUGGUUUGUUAUGCAUCAAAGGUAUAACAUUUUUACCCAAGAGUUGUGUAUAGAUUGUGAAGUGCUGCAUAAUAAUUAAGUUAAUAUAUUAUGCUAUUCACAACUCAUCGAGCGCCAAAUGAAUGGUAUAGGGGUAUUUCAGGGUUAUUUUAAGGACCUCUUGCGUCAACGGAAGGAACUAUUCCCUUCACUGAACUGAAUGGAUUGGAUUAUAUGUGUUGUGACAUUGUUUGAGUUAAACGAAAAUAGAGGAUGAUUAUAAGUAAAAGUAAAAGUUGUUUUCUGCCUUUAUUUAAAUUAAAGCUUCAA